UUUUUCCUUAUUUUAUUUUAUGUAAGAGUUAGCACAGCACUUGCAUCAUUGACACCAAAGUGGCUGACUGAAGAUUUUCCUAAUGUGGAAAACAGCAGUGUGGUAAAGUCACUCCAGGAAAAAAGCGAGUUAAUGAGUUGCAAUCCCAACCAGUUGUUCUUGGAUAAUGAUGAUCCAGUUGUUACGGAAGUACUAGAGACAUCACUGCAGGAGGAGUGCAAGACCACAGACACCAAAAAGGGAACCAGAAAAGUGGCCACUGAGCAUAUGGCCAUCUCCCAAAACUCAUUGUUUGUCAGCGCUCUAGUCACUGAGCAGAACAAUGGCUACAAGCCCCAGGUUUCCAACCGAAGCCCACUGGGAAACAUAUCAAGUAAUACCUACAAAGCACAGUCCCAAGCACUGGAUCCAAACACGUACCUCUCAAGCCAAGAUACAAAUGUUUUCUUAAAAGAUUAUACAAGUCCUAUUACUUUCUUGUGGAAUGCUGAAGGAACUGGGAGCAAUACAUUUUUACUUGAGAAGAUUAACCUCAUUUUAAACAACAGAAGUGGACAGAGCAACACUUUCAGUACAACAGAUGAGGAACCUAAUACACUUUUGGAAAACCAGUGGAAAAGUCCACCAUCCACUGAAAAUGUUCAAGAGCAGACGUUAGUUCCAGAUGAGUUGGUCUCUUGCUUAGGAGCUGUGACUGAAGGAUCCAUAGGUAUAAAGUCCUAUUUUCCACAAACUGUUGGAAAACUAUUUCAAUAG